UGCUUUAUUGUUUGUCAUGGUAGUUUAGUGGUUACUAAAAACACAGAAAGUAAUUAUAUAAAAUUAAUAUUUUAACAAAAAUAUUAUUGAAUAUGUCAAACAUAAAGAAUAUAACGACUGUGGCUCGUUCACUGACCAAACGACCAUUUCGAGUUUCUAUUGAAGGCAAUAUAGGAUCAGGAAAAUCGACGUGUAUAAAACAUUUUGAGAAAUACAAUAUUGUGGAAACACACCCAGAGCCAAUACAAGAAUGGCGCAAUGUUAGCGGUCACAACUUACUCGGGUUGUUGUAUAGUGAUCUUAACAAAUGGAGCUUUGCAUUUCAACACUAUGUGCAUCUCAGCCGGCUAAAGAUUCAAACCAGUCCACCAUCUAGCCCAAAUGUUACUGUGAAGAUGUUUGAAAGGUCAGUACAAAACAGCAGGCACUGUUUUGUAGAAAAUGCUAAGAAACAGAAUUUUCUUCAUGACCCACAGUACCAAGUUCUUCUUACUUGGUUUGACUAUACUGAAAAGAAUUUAGACAUUAGCUUAGAUUUAAUAGUAUAUUUGCGGACAACACCUGAAGUGGUCUGGGAAAGAAUGAUGAACAGAGGCAGGGCUGAGGAAUCUGAAGUACCUUUGGAAUAUUUACAACAAGUGCAUGAAUCAUAUGAGAAUUGGUUAAGUUUCCCCGAUGUAGGCUGUGAAGUGUUAACAAUUGAUGCUAAUCGAGACAUAAAAUUUGUGAUUGAGGACUUAGAAAGAUAUACAUAUAAGAUCUUAGGUGGUAAUCAUACUAGCUAGAAAAUGUAGGUAUGUUACAAAUAAACUGGCUAAUUAUUCAGUGUAAACUCGUGAGUUGGGCAGAAACAUUUUCUGUGUAAACUACAUAGAAACAUUAAUGUAUUAUAAUUUCAUAUUGUAUUAAUAGAAUAAGAUGUUUUAUGAUUAAUUGUUAAAGUUUUAUAGUUGAGCAGUGGAACCCUGUACUAUAAUAUGAUUAAAAUCACCCAGUCUAGUAUAUGAGGAAGAUUUUCAUAGAAUCUUUACUAUACCAAUAAUUGUUGCAAUUUUUAAUUUCUGCAUCUUAAAACCUACAAUCAAGGGCUUCAUAAGAUACCAAAGUUCUUUUUCUAAUUAUGGUCAUUAUUUAGAUAUCAUGACAUAGAGUGUAUAAUUGGAAUCAUGGAAGCUGGGUCUACAUUUAAAAGACUGAGGUACAAUUGCGCUGUUACAUGAAGUUGACACUAUGUAUAGAAAGUAAUUCUAGAAGAAAUCCAACGAAGGCUUCUAUCAAGUCUGAAAACAAAAGAAUCCCUAAAGUAGUAUUUUUAUACAAAAGAUAUUAUAUGUAUAAGAGUCUGAUAUUACUAAGAAACAAUCAUCACUUCAAAGAUUUUUUGAUACAAUAUGAGAAUUUUAUA